GUGGGACGCGGGAAUACUAUGCGGCCGGCGGCCGGCAUGAUGCAACAUUCCGAGGCAGUUGCUCGCGAACGAGCCGCCGCUGGCACGGCGGGCUGCGCCUCCGAUAGCGUAUUGUAUUCGGCCGAGCGCCACCGCCGGCGCGUCGUGCCGCGCUGACUGAACGCCCGUUCGUUCGCUACGUUCAUUACAAUUUUCACUCGUGCGUCGGUCGGACGUGUAGCUUAUUCUAUUUUUAAAGCACGUGGCACAGUGCUUCAGUUAUAACCUAUAGCCAGCCGGUAGCCAAUUCGAGACUCGUUCGGAGGGAUCGCGUCAUCUCUACCCUAAUCCAAGGUCUGCCUACAUUGCAACAAAAUGGGCACCAAACAAGAAGCAAAUGGCUUACAGCCGCAACAUGAACUGGAAAAUUUAAUGCCCGAAGAUGAAAGAAACAAAGAGAAAAUAGUCAGCAAAUACAAUAUGACAAAAGACGUCGAGUCCGCAGGAGACUUUGAUCCAUUUGCGGAGAGAAAAGUCGACAAUCCUACGUCGAACAAUGAUACUCUGACGCAUCUGCUGAAGGCUUCCUUGGGGACGGGCAUUCUGGCCAUGCCGUUCGCGUUCAAGUCCGCGGGCCUCGUGCUCGGGAUCUUCUUUACGAUACUCGUGGCCGUGGUCUGCACACACUGCGCCUAUGUUCUGAUUAAAUGCGCCCACGUGCUGUAUAAGAAAACUAGACGAACGACGAUGAGUUUUCCAGAAGUAGGACAGGCGGCACUAGAAAACGGCCCAGAAAGUCUCAAGCGGUGGGGAAACGCCUUCAGACUUUUCAUCCUUGUAAGUCUAUUCAUGACUUACUUUGGUACUUGCUCGGUGUACACGGUUAUAGUGGCCAAAAACAUUUUACAGGUCGUGGCUCAUUACAUGAAUGUCCAAGAAAAAGAUGUGGAAAUAAGAAUAUUCAUUAUAGCGCUUCUUCUUCCCCUUAUCUUCAUGGCUUGGGUCCGAAACCUGAAGUACUUAGCACCUGUGUCCAUGAUUGCUAACGUUUUUAUGGGCGUUGGACUUGGCAUAACUUUUUACUACUUGGUCGGCACGGGCAGCCUAGAUUUCAAGAAAGUUCAAUUAGUAACAUCACCAUCGGAUUGGCCUCAAUUCUUUUCGCUCACUAUCUUCGCCAUGGAAGCUAUCGGCGUAGUGAUGCCUCUAGAGAACGCCAUGAAGACGCCGCGUUCGAUGCUGGGAUUCUGUGGAGUACUCAAUAAGGGAAUGUCCGGAGUUACUCUCAUUUACAUGCUCCUUGGUUUCCUCGGAUACCUGCGAUACGUUGACAAGGUUGAAGAUUCCAUUACGCUAAAUCUGGAUAUAAAUGAAAUUCUUGCCCAAAUUGUGAAAAUCUCGAUCGCCAUAGCAGUAUACUGCACGUUUGGGCUACAGUUCUUCGUGUGCGUAGACAUAAUGUGGAGCUGCAUCAAGGACAAGUUCACGAAGCGGCCCGACCUUGCCGACUACGUAAUGCGCACCAUCAUGGUGACGCUGUGCGUGAUGCUGGCCGUAGCGGUGCCCACAAUAGGCCCCUUCAUGGGCGUCAUCGGCGCUUUCUGCUUCUCCAUCCUGGGCCUGAUAGCGCCGGCGUUCAUUGAGGUUAUAACCUACUGGGACAUCGGCUUUGGUCCUGGCAAUUUUUUAAUUUGGAAAAAUAUUCUUGUGCUCAUAUUUGGGCUAUUUGCGCUCAUUUUCGGCACGAAAGACGCAGUUUUCGACAUAAUUAAAGCAUAUUCCUAGUGGGAUUUUUGAGUGAGUGUUAGAAUGGACAGGAAAUGCCCCCCGACACUGUGUGGCGUAAAGCAGGUCUUUUGCCUGCGGGAGCAUUCGCAUUGCAUAAGCUUGGCCGUGUGUAGCAAAAAAGUGCCUAUUGUGGCUAAGUAAUCUGUUGCAUAAUUAGUUUAUACUAUGUUAUUUAAGCCUUAGUUACAAUUAUCAAAAUACUAAUUUAUUAUAUCAUGCAACUAUUAAACUAUUAACCAUGAUUGAUAGAUAAUGGUGCUACUAAGAAAAAGGGAAUUCGACAUGUUAACGACAUGGAGGUGUAGCAAAUAUAGUAAAGUAUUAAUGUAAUCUGGGUACAAACAUAUACUUAUCAAAUUUUUUUUAUUGCAUUCCUGUCCCAGAUUCGAGAAGACUAAGACUAAGAUACUCUUAUUAAGCUACCUAAAUUAAAAUCAGCAAAGACAAGAGUUAAGGUGCCUAUAUUUUUAAUUCGCUAUAUCGGCAAUAUGAGACCUUUUACAGUAUAAUAAAAUAUAAUUUAAAAAAUCGCGAAUUACACUCAGACGAUUGGUAAGAGCUUAAUGUGGUUGACCGCUAUGGUUAACGAUUUUGCUUUGAGUGUUACUCGUUAAGGUAAAAACUAAAAAAAAAACGUACAUUACAAGUAGUCCUAACUACAUUUUAACUAGAAAACCAUGGCGCAACUACCUUCAAGACAACAACCGUCUGAGUGAAUUGGCUGUAAAAGCACAAAUAGAAGACCGCGAACUUGGUCCACAUAUCUAUUUCUGGCACACACUCAUAGCUGCGUCCUGAAUGGGCAAAAAUAUUACAGCGAACCAACUUCUACUCGAUGGAACAGCCUUCGGAUCGUACGCCCGUCUAUAGGAAACACGUAUUCUAUAAAAACAGAAAAUUCCUUUAUCUACACACAUAUCAUAAACCUUGUAUGAUGCCUUAAAAAUCCGUAAAUAUUGGCCAAUAUUAAGAUAAACUGUUUUGUUACAACAAAUAUCUUAUCUGUGAAAAUAUUGUAAUGGCUUUAUUACGAAUAUCUCAAAAAAAGCAAUUCGAUCCGACCUCUAUUCUAAUAUCCGUCGAGAUGCCUUUUUGUUCGACAUGUAAUGGUAAAUUGCAUACAAUUUUGACAAAUCUCGCAUGUUAGUUUGUAUCGAACGAUACGGAAACAGACUAUAGUUUGUCUCUUUAAAAAAAAAACUACGUAUGCGUGACAUGCGUGAAAAAAGUUUUACAGUCUAUCUUUUAAUUAGUUUUAUGUUUCAAAUGAGUUUGUUUUGUUGUUUUUAAAGUAACUAUAGCAAAAGUUUCGUUAUCAUUAAAAUGAGCGACAAAGAUAUUUCGACGACGCCGCCAUAUAUCCGCGAGUUCCGCCAAUAGAGCAACGAUGCCCCAAUGUCGGCUGUAAUUUGGGUUAGUAAAUGAAAGAAAUAAAGUUUAUAAUAUGUAUGUAGAUAAAAUAGUGUAUGUAACUCUACAUAAUUAGGCAUUAUAACACUCGUGGGGUCCUUUUAAGUUACUCACUUCGUCCGUUUCUUAAACCUACACUUGUGUUAUAAUGCCUUGGCCGUAACUAUAUAAUUAUGUAAAGUGAAGCACAUAGCUAAAAUCGAAUCAAAUCAAUAGAAAUUACAAAUAAUGAAAAAAAAAACAAUUUACCUUCAUUAUUUCAUAAUCUCGCACUUUUUAAGAACAACCAUUACUUUAUCAACAGUUUUAUAUACCUACUUAAAUAUUCUAUUAAUAUAAUUAUUUAGUUUAGUAAGCGAAAACAACCUUCGUAAUAAUUUUAGAAUACCUACACGUCAAAUGCUUACUAAAUCUGUCAUAUUUUUUACAUUUUUUGUAUUUUCCAUUGAACUUUACUUAGUUUAAGAUCGUAACAUGAUAAGAUUCAUAUACCUACUAGCCGUGUCUUAUCCAACCUCGUCAUUGGCAGAAUCAUCAACACCUUGAUGGAGCCAUAACACGAAAAAUUGAUUGAUUCACUUUAGCUGUAACUUGCACUAACUGCAAAAUGGGUCGCAGAUUUAAAGGUAAAGAUAAAGAUGUGAACCUCGCGUAUUAGCUAAUCCUAGAAAACAUGUUGUUAUUCGAUCAAGGGGAUAUGAUGCCCAAAGCCGAAGUUGCAUUUACUAGUAUUCUGUGAGAAACUACAGUCCAAACUAGGUAUGUUGAAAUUAAGUGAUAAUAAGGUACUUAUUUCUUAAGUUUUAGCAAGUAGACAGGUUUAUAUCAUGCCUAAAUCUUUGUCGAUAUGUAAUAACUAUGUACCACCUACCAGUAACCGGAGUACCUUUUGUGGCCACUGAACCCUUUGUGCCCAUUUAUUGUCUUAAAUAUAUAAUAAAAUAAAUUUAUUUAUUACAAAACUUGAUUCGUUACCGUAUAAAGCUUUAAAAACUUUAAAAAAUGUUUGUGUAUAUUAGUUUACUAAGUAUAUAUUUAUUCAAAUUUAAACUUACCAAAAACGGUGCAUAGGUGGCCAAAACCGGUACUUCUGCCCUACGUGUAUUGCAAUGUACUCCUUACCAGUUUUCCAAUUCGAUUUUGUACGGUAUAUUUAUUUAUACGGAAUGUAUUGGUUGUAGGUACCUACUCACUAUCUAAAUGUUACCAUAUCAAAACAUAACAGAUACCAUAAAACCACCCAACUAUACUCCAAAGCUCCCAACUAUGGUCCAUAAAUAAACUAUUUUUUUUCUCGUUCAGGUGUGUAUUUUACUAUAUUUUUGUAGUUCUAAUGCAAAGUAUGUUUAUAUAUGGAAGGUAAAACUAGGAGUAAACCAAAAGGAACAUUGGUAUAGAAACUUAAUUUCCUUUUGAACUUAUGGACCAUAGUUGCAGUAUUGGACUAUAGUUGGGUUAGGUUAGGUUAGGCAGUAAUAGAAACAUGUUUUCUAAAUCUUAUAUGUACACAAUGGCAGGUAACUAAGCAAAGAGUAGAAGUAAAGAUAUGAAGCAGGUACGUAAGGCUAUUUAUCAGGUGACAUUGAUUUCAUUGGCACCUAGGUCGAUCUACAUUCAAGCCAAGCUACAUUUUUGUUUAAUCGCGUAUCAACAGCCGAUAUAGGCCCAUAUUUGCAUGAAAUAAAAGCUUUGCUCGUAAAAUUAGAUUUUAAUAGAUUCCAAAUAGCGUAAUUUCCAGGAGGUUUGAAAAAAUCUAAUGGAACAAAUGUAUGUAUGAUGUAAAUGAUGUUGUAUUGAGAGUAUACCGUGUGAAUGACUUGAAUGAGUAAAAAUUUUUCACUUAUGAAAAAAUUACAGACCUUUUUUUACAUUAUGAAUUCGGCUGUGACGGACUUACAAACAAUGUUGUAUCCUUUGGAAGUAUCUAAGAUAUCGUAUAGGUAUAUUUUUAGACAAUUGUACCUAUAACCAAAUAUACUAUUGAAGUUCCUAUUUGGCCCGUCAUAACUGUAUGUAUUUUUUAAAUCGAUUGCCCGUAGGUACAGUUGCUAUCCGUCAAAUAUCGAUGUGAACAUGAUGCUCCUAAACAUCUGGACAACCACUCCAGGCGUCAAUGCAAAUUCCGAUAUUUUUAAGCACGAUAUAGGUAUAUUAUUGAUGGCGACUGUAAGAGGGUCAUAAUAUCUAAUUUUAUAAAAUAUGUUUUAGAAAUUAUUAUUAUUAUAAUGAAGUAUAAAACGUACAAUCA